AUGUCCCUCACAAUCUACCAUCUCCACUGGGGCCAAUCCGACCGAAUCGUCUGGCUCUGCGAAGAACUCGCGGAACUGAUCCCCAACUUCACAUACAGCCUCGUCAUCUUCCCCCGUGGCUUACCAGAUUCCGAGGGCAAGAAAAAUCUCUUCUCCCUCCACCCUUCCGGCACCGCGCCCACGAUGGUUGACGAAAGCACCACUCCACCCAUCAUCAUGACCGAAUCACAAGCCAUCCUGGAGUACAUCAUCAACGUCCAUGGGCAAGGGCACUUCCAAAUCACUCCUUCUGCCGGCCCACACACUUACUCGCAAUAUCUCUACUGGCUGUGCUUCGCCAACGGCUCAUUCCAAGCCUUCCUCUCCGCCAACCUCCUAGGCGAGUCCCUUAUCAACCAGCCCGGCGCGAGCAUCGACCCUUCCCAGAACUGGGCGUACUUACACUACAGUGCCCGCACGCCCAAUCAUCUGAAUCAGUACAACAACCGGCUUGCCGAAUCGAAGUAUUUGGCCGGAGAAGAAUUCUCGGCCGCGGACAUGAUGAGCAUUUAUGCGUUUACCCUGUAUAGGGCAGUCCAUUCCAUUGACUUGACGGACUACCCGCACAUCCUGCGCUGGUUGGGCGAUGUGACGAGCCGGCCGGCGUACAGGCGUGCUCUGGAGAAGUGUGAGGAUGGGCUACCGCCGUUGAUACAGGCGAAGGUUCCAAAGGUCCCGCUCCCAGUGCUAAUGAGCGUGGAGAGCUGGAAGGUGGUGCCGGAGUGGAGUGGAAAGGCUUAA